GUCACUUGAGGGCCUAGAAGAGUUGGGACGCAUGGGCGUUCCCUAGGGGACCCAGGGCCUCCCCGCAGCUGGAAUGGCCAGGGGGCGCUGAGCAGGGGGCGGAGGCCGGCUUCAUCCCAGGUCCGUUACCGCUCAUCUCGAAGUGCUGCCUCGAUUGUAAAUUGGGGUAGUAAUUCCUCCCCCAGGUCACCUGUGAAGGGCAGGCAAGUGGACGUUUGUUCGCUGCCGUCAGGACAAGGGAGCAUUGGCCUUUCUUUCGUCAGCCAAAGAUGCCUCUCUUUGGGAAUACGUUCAGUCCAAAGAAGACACCCCCUCGGAAGUCUGCUUCUCUCUCCAACCUGCAUAAUUUGGAUCGCUCAACCCGGGAGGUGGAGCUGGGCCUUGACUAUGGAACCCCCAGUAUGAACCUGGCGGGGCAAAGCCUGAAGUUUGAAAAUGGCCAGUGGAUAGCAGAGACAGGGAUUAGUGGAGGUGUGGACCGGAGGGAGGCUCAGCGCCUGCGGAGGCGAAACCAGCAGUUGGAGGAAGAGAACAAUCUCCUGCGGCUGAAAGUGGACAUCCUGCUGGACAUGGUGAGGAAGCUCUCUGAGACCACUGCCGAAUCCCACUUAAUGGAGAAGGAACUGGAUGAACUGAAGAGUGUCGGCCGGAGGAGGAAAUGAAGACCCCAAAGACAUUCAUUAGGAGGAUAGGGAGAAAUCUGAUCAGAGGAGCGGGGUAUAGCGGAGGGGUUUUUAGCCAAACUAUUGGAUUAGGUCCUGGGAGAGAGAGUCAUGCAAUGGGGCCAAAAGGCACUGGCAUCCUUGAGUUGGCAAUAGGAAGGUGACAACUCAAUGGAGGGAAUCAGGAUCCCAGGCCAGGGUAGAAAGUAGCAAUGUACUCUGGCUGUGUGGCACAGGGAGGCCAGUCUGGCAGCCAGGCCUCAGGGAGGUCUGGGGUGAUGGUAAGACUUUGGCUGCUCCCCAGUCACUUAACAUACAAAUGUACUUAUCCCAGGCUCAUCCUUAUUGGAUGACACUGUUUGGAGAAGCAGCGGGAGUUCAUCCUACUGUCCCCUCACGUUGGUGUUUGGGGUAUAGCACAGUUUUAAAGAUCGCUGUAUGAGAGGGUGUCAGAUGAGCAGUUCUGGUUCUCUGUCCCUUGCGCCACUCUCUCUGCCUUUCAAGAGUACGUGUUCCCCAGACCCACAGCUGCCUCUGGCUUCAGCUUCAGCAGCAAGCCCCAGCUUUCCACGCAACACUAUAUUUUUGUGCUCCUUUGCUGUUUACACUACUUUUUAAAAAUUAAAUGACGUUAUAUAACC